AUGCUGCACCCAAGUGCUUCGACCAAGUGCUCCGAGUUCCCUCAACAACCCAAAGAAACAAAAAAUCAGCCGCGAGAGCGUGUCAGUCACUCGAUUGAGCACUUUGGCGCGCGGCUCGCGGCUCGCGGCUCGCGCCUCGUUCUCAGUCGCUUCAAGCGCGGGCGCAAAGUCCAGCUGCACUGCACCUCGCACCUCACAAGUGACGCCGAGGCGGAUCUCACCGUCGCAAACUUUGAUGCCUCAGCCUUUGCCAGUACGAUCAGCUGCCUCCCUGGCCUCAAUCAGACGGGGCCAAUCACUGCAGAGGUCUGUCCCUUCGACUGCGCGGGUAUUUGCAACGGAGGGCCUGGAUGCCAGGACGCCUGCGCCCAGACGGUCGGGGAUGAUGCCCUUGACUAUACCCUGACGGGGUGCGAGGCGCUCGAGGUCGCAGCAUUCCCGCCAUGUUGCGACUGCUGGCGCGGCUGCGGCGGCUGCGGCUCCGAUGAGUGCUGGGGGCGCAAUUCUACCAUCUGGGAUAACACGAUCGGAGCCUUCAACACCUUUGGCCACUGUGACUGCGACAAUGACCUCAUCCGGACAGACACUGCUUGGAAGCAAUGUACCAGGAACAUUCCCGGCUAUGGUGGGGGUCAGCUCUGCUGCUCCGACGAUGGCGACAACUGCUACGCCGAUGGCCAGUCUGAGGCUCAGACCUGCAGCGACGGCUACACCGCCAGCCCUCACCCCGACGAGCCUCGGAACAACGGCCGCUACACGUGCUACCCGCCUCACUGCCGCUGCGACGCGUCCAAGUGCUCGAGCGAAGGCGACGAUUGCUGGGCGGUCGGCUUGCUAGACGGUGAGGCGCAGACGUGCCGCGACGGCUACUUGCCGAUCGCGUUCAGUGACUGGCACAAGUGCAACGACUGCUACGCCGAUGGCCAAUCCGAGCCUCAGACCUGCAGCGACGGCUACACCGCCAGCCCUCACCCCGAGGACCCUCACAGCGAAUGGCGAUACACGUGCUACCCGCCUCACUGCCGUUGCGACGCGUCCAAGUGCUCGAGCGUAAUGGGCUGCUACGCGGACCCAAGCUACGAGGCAAGGACGUGCCGCGACGGCUACUUGCCGAUCGCGACCAAUGAAUGGGAGCACAAGUGCUCCGACGAUGGCAACAACUGCGAGGCCGAUGGCCAGUCUGAGGCUCAGUCCUGUAGCGACGGCUACACCGCCAGCCCUCACCCCGACGAGCCUCGGAACAACGGCCGCUACACGUGCUACCCGCCUCACUGCCGCUGCGACGCCUCCAAGUGCUCGAGCGCCGGCGGCGACUGCUACGCAGACGGCACGCCAGACGGUGAGGCGCAAACGUGCGACGACGGCUACUUGGUCGUCCCUGUCAAUGACGGGCAGUACACCAAGUGCUCGAGCGAUGGCAACGACUGCUACGCCGAUGGCCAGUCCGAGGCUCAGUCCUGCAGCGACGGCUACACCGCCAGCCCUCACCCCGACGAGCCUCACAACGAAUGGCACUACACGUGCUACCCGCCUCACUGCCGCUGCGACGCCUCCAAGUGCUCGAGCGAUGGCGACGAUUGUUUUGCCUACCCAGGCUACGAGGCUCAGACGUGCGACGACGGCUACUUGGUCGUCCCUACGGAGUGCGCCAUCUUUGCCUACUGCGAGGAUGAGGAGACAGAGGAUGAGAACUGCAAAAGGGAGCCUGCGGCCUGCGGCUCCAAGUGCGCUAGAUUCUUGCGCUGUCCUCCAGCGCCGCCCGCUCCACCUUCUUCGGCGCCGUACUACUCUGCCAUCGAGUACCUCUCCAGCGACUGCUCUGGAGCACUCUGGCGGGUAUGGUCGGUCCCGUCCGUCGCGACCAGCGCGGAGGAAUCGAACGCCUCUUGCCUGCCUGCCUCCACGCCUGGGGGGGCCUCCUCUUCUAACGUGUGGUGUGACUUUACCGGUCCGCAGCCCAAGUUGCAGGGCACGUCCUUCAUGCCGCCUCUCCCUCCUAAUUCGUCCGCGACAUGCGACGAGGCGAGCUGGCCUGACAAGGACGGCGGCUGUGGCGAGUGCAAGGUCUUCGUAGGACUCGGCAACUUCGAGUCCUACGGCAGCUGUGGCGGCUACUGCGCCUCGAUUGGCCGCUCUUGCACGGGUGCGUGGGAGGGGAGUGACGAUAGCUGCGCGAUCAAGUAUGAGACAACGUGCGAUCACUCCAUCGACUUAAGCGACGACGACGGCGACGACGAAGGCGCCACAGCAAUCUGCGAGUGUGCAGCGCUCUACUCCAACAACUGCAGCACGACUGGAGGGGGCUUCGGGAGUGACGGGAAUGGCAUCGUUGCUAACGGCUCGACCUGCGUUGACUACGGCAACGGCUACUCGGGUCUGUUCCUGUGCGUGGAUGCCCUCGGCAACACGACGGUCGAGCAGUUGAUGGGCGAAAUCGAGUUGGCGCUGAGUCAAAUCAACCGUCGGCGCCUGCACGACCAGCGCCGAAGGCUUGGGGUGGAGAACGUGCGCGUGUGCCAGCAGUCGCGCUAUGUACUGGAUCCAGAUUUUCAGAACCCACUGAUCGAUCAGUGGGUGACUGUGGUGGACUCCUGGUACAGCGAGUGGUGCAAGGACCCUUACCGAGGAGGCGGAGGCACCUGCACCGCCGACGAGGAGGGCGCCGACAGCUUCAUGAUCACCUGGGGACCUUGCGGCGAUGCGUGCCGCAGCACGGGCUGUGAAGCCAUGCCGAACGGUCGACGGUUGGACUCGCCACCUGAUCCGUACCUAGAGUCAAGGCCCCUCGUCGUCAGCAUCAAGAUCGAGUACGACAAGGUUGUGGAAUACAACCCCGACGACCUUGCCGGCGGCGGCCUGGACGACCAAGCCAACCGGUCGACCGUCGAGGUUGUCAUCGCCGUCGAGCAAGCGAUCGGAGGGCUGUGCCCGCAAUGCACCCUCCCUCUGGUGAUUGGUACGACGGUUCCGGCGAGCGUUGUCGUGCUCCUGGCGAUCGCCGCCGCCUACUACCGGCGCCGAGUGCGGAGCAGGAUGGUUGCGCCGGUGCGGCGCAGCACCGCGGUGUUCGAGGAGGCGCCGCAGGAGAAGCGGGUGUGGCGAUGGAGCGAAGUGCCGGCGCUCGUCAAGUCGAUGUCUGUGAAGCUGCUCAAGGUCGCGGACGGCGAUGCUGUCGACGACGAGCUGCCAAACGGCGGGGACGGAGGCUUGCGUGUCGAGACCAGCCUGCUCCGCGACGCCUUUGAGGCGGCCAUGGACUGCUUCGGCCAUCUUGCGUUGGAGGAUGUGCGGCUAGAAGUGCGCCGUCAGGCGGCAGCACUGAUCCAGAGAGCGUGGCUGCGCAAGGCGGGUGGACGGCCGCUCCCAAAGAAGAGGGCGGCGGGCAUGGGGGGCUACGGCAAGUUUGGAGGCAACAUCAAGCAGAUGAUCACUGGCGAGCCAAAGCAGGCUGCAUUGGGACUGCACUACCUGCUUGGCGUGAGGGAAGCGGAGACGGCGCCAAUGAUGGUCGACCCCGUUCAAUCUAUCCGGGAGGAGUUCCUGCGCCACGGCACCGCAGACGACCGGUGGUGCCUCGAGUACAAGCAAGAGCGUGUUCUCACUACGAGCUUAGGCCACGUGCUCGCUCUCCGCUUGUACACGACCAACGCGUACCGCUCCCUCAACGACCCGCUGCGCAACAAGGAGCGCGAGGAAGCGCAUCCCUUCCCGGUGACGAUGCUCAAGCUCUCGGACGGCAUCAAGAAGCUCCGCGCGGUCGCCGCCGACCUCGCCGGCGGCCACGAGCCGGCCGACCUCUUUCGCGGCGCGCACUAG